UUGGGCUGGCCAUUACCCUCAAUUGCUCAAAGCUGUCCCUCUCCGGAUACGGACCUCAGAAUUUAGCCCUACCUCCGGCGGGCCCCACACUCUCAUACUUUUCGUAGAUAUGUUGGAUGGGCCCUCCUGUCCCCUGACUUGUCACGUGACCCCACUCGACACGUGUCAACCCCUCCUCCCCUCCCGUAUAAAACCAACCGUCCUCACUUCGUCUCCUCCUUCAAAUCACCUUGUCUCUCCGCAAAUGAGCCACGACCUAGACUCCUCUUACCCUCCGCCUCUCCGCCACGUCGGCCACCGUGAAGAUGACGACGAGCCUCCCGAAUCCAUCACCGACUCAGAUCCAGUUCCAGUGCCGGUGAUCGACCUUCAUUGCCUGAACGACGACGUCGACAAGGACGGGGAGGAAUUGCGGAAGCUAGACGAGGCUUGCAGGGAGUGGGGAAUAUUCCGUCUGGUGAACCACGGCGUUCCUUUAGGGCUAAUGGCGGAGGUGGAGGAGCUGACAAAACGACUGUUCUGGAUGUCGUUUGAGUCGAAGAAGUCGUCGUGCGAGGAAGGGCCUGUGAGUUACUUUUGGGGCACGCCUGCCCUAACUCCGUCGGGCAGUGCCCUAUCGGGAGGCCAUCGAAAGAUCAAUUUGGUGGAAGGCUUCAAUCUGCCUCUAAGUCAACUGUCGGAAUUUCAUCCACAGCUUCCUCUGCUUCAAUCCUUCAGAGUUGCAAUGAUAGAGUACGGAGAGCACAUUUCAAGAAUCGCGACUAGUUUAUUCAAAGCAAUGGCGAGUAAGUUAGAAGUGAAGAUGGAGGAGGACAAGUCAAGCAAUUGUUAUGUUUCAGACAAGACAGGAAACAUAAGAGUGUAUCGCUAUCCACGUAGCCCUAAUAAUCAUCACGUGAUUGGUUCUUGGGGAAUGGAACCUCACACAGAUAGCUCUGUGUUGUCCAUUCUCAAUCAUCAUACUCAAGAUUCUGCACUCGAGCUUUUCAACAAUCAUCAAUGGCUUCCUCUUCAAUCCAUUCCCAACACUCUCGUCGUCAACAUCGGCGACAUGAUGCAGGCCAUAAGUGAUGACAGAUACAAGAGUGCAUUGCACAGAGUGAGGAUAAGCCAAGAGAAGGAGAGGAUAUCAGUGUGUUACUUUGUGUUUCCAGAUGAAGAGUUUGUGAUAGAGAGCUCCAAGUACAAGCCCUUCAGUUACAGUGAUUUCAGAGCACAAGUUCAAGAGGACAUCAAAACCACUGGCUAUAAAGUUGGACUCUCAAGGUUUUCCCAAACUCAUCAUUAGGACACAAACUUCAUUUCAUGCCUCUCUCAAUUCAAUUUCAACUUCUCUUGAUGUACUUCAUUGAUUUACUUCAUUUUUUAUUCUCUAAUAUACUUGUAGUAUAUUGUAUGCUUCACCUGAUAUGUGAGGCCUACCAUAACUCCUUCUCUCUUCCUCUUUCCAUUUAGUUUUAUUCACGAAAUAAAAGAGAGAUUUAAAUGAGGAAAUUAUUAAA